AUGCCCGUUUUCACCGCUAACAUACCCGGUAUUCUCAAAGUUGGUGACAGAAUCGAAAUCGGUGGUAAAAUUAAAGAGAAUGCUCGCAAAAUGUCGGUGAACCUCUGCGCGCAAGAGGGUGAGGAGCCUCGAGACGUCGUACUCCACUUCGACGUUAGGUUCCACCGAGACAACAUCAUCUCCCUCUCACGGAAAAACGGCAUUUGGAUCGGCAGCGGAAACUAUGACACCAACUAUAACAUGUUUGUGCCAGGCACGAUAUUCCGCAUCAUCUUUGAGAUUAAGGACACGGAUGUGAUCACGAUUUACUGCCAGGGCAAGUUUCAUUCAAAUUUCCUGCCGAAGAUACCCCUGACUAUGGCACGUUACAUCGUCGCAUGGGCUGAUGUCGAGAGAGUCACUCACUGCUACUUCCACUUGGUUACCAAGCCUUCUGUAGGUGGGGACGAAGCGGCUGCUGCUGGUGCUACGGGGACUUUCCAACCUCAAUCCCCUCUGCCUACUAUGGUCGCUAGCGAUAUCAAACGAUGCCAAAGACUACACAAGAAGUCAGCCCCGGGUUCACCACAGUUGCAUUCGUCGAACGAGAGUUCUGACGAAGAUCAACAAAAGGUCAGGCCGAAGUCCGACGGCAGAGCAGACCGAUUCUUUUACGACACUCUAAUGUGCCAGCCGCCUGAACAUCCAAAAUUCGGCUCACCGGAAUCGAUGAAACGGAGAGAUCCAAACUUAGCUAGAAGUAAAAUAGAUUAUGGUAGGAAGUUUAGAGAGGUUUCAGAUACCGAGAAAAAUGAUAGUGAAGACUACUCAGAGGAUGCAGCGUCCAAAAUGGAUUCCUCGGUCGUGGAAUCUGAUGAUGUACUACAAGAGCUUGGUCUAAAGAAACGGAACAGACGCGGCAAGUUCGCGCCCUUCGCUCAAGUAGUAAAUUUUAUGGGAAAGACGACGAGGAGAAAUUAG